AUGGCCGAAACGAGGGCAAUUUGUGUGGGCUUAAAGCCGGCUUUCGGCGGUCAAACGGCUACGGUUGCUGCAGCAACACGGCUACGACCAGGCUGUCCGGGCCGGUCGGCUCGUGUCCGUCCGGCCUGUCUCCGUGGGGUGCUUGUGAUCCCUGCCUCGGUCUGCUCCUCAGCCCCUCCGGCCGCUUGGGGCAGCCGCGACCGGACGGCGCGGGUGGCCAGCCGGUCAGCCGGUCAGCCGGUCAGCCAAUCAGCCAGUCGGCCCGAUUCACGGACCCCUUCCCAGCCGGCCCGAUACACACGGAAAGACACGUCGACUGACACAUCCUUCAAGUGCCUGUGA